UGGCUUGUGGGAAACGCUGGCGCUGCUGUUGAUGACGCCUUGGGAUUUCAAGUUCUAGCAGCAAACCCCCUAGGAUGUACCGAGCCCCCCCCUAGAAAUCUCCAAUUUUAUGUCACCUUGGAAUUUCAAUUGGAGCUAGAAAUUUGAAUCAGGUCUAGAAUUCUGUACCAAGCUCUUCACUUACUCAAGCUAGCCAAGGCCAUUUCUUGGUGCUUGAGAGCAUUUUAGCUUGGUACCGCGAGUUAGUUGAUUUGAUACUUCCCUCCUCUUCUGUUCCACUGACUAACUCGCCAAGAUGGUGAAGAUCUGCUGUAUCGGUGCCGGAUAUGUCGGCGGUCCCACCAUGGCGAUGAUCGCAUUGAAGUGUCCCCACAUCGAGGUGUACGUCGUGGACAUUAGCAAGCCUCGCAUUGCUGCUUGGAACAGCGAUCGCCUCCCCAUCUACGAGCCAGGCCUUGACGAAGUUGUCAAGGAAUGCCGAGGGAGGAAUCUAUUUUUCAGCACUGAAGUCCAGAAGUAUGUGGCUCUGUGCGAUAUCAUCUUCGUCAGCGUCAACACCCCCACAAAGACCAGGGGUCUAGGAGCCGGAAAGGCCGCCGAUUUGACAUACUGGGAGAGCGCCGCCCGCAUGAUCGCCGAUGUCUCAAAUUCUGCCAAGAUUGUGGUGGAGAAGUCAACAGUCCCUGUGAAGACCGCCGAAGCCAUUGAGAAGAUCUUAACGCACACUAAGAGUGGUGUCCAAUUUGAUAUCCUGUCAAACCCAGAGUUCCUCGCUGAAGGAACUGCCAUGGAAGACUUGCAGAAACCUGACCGCGUGCUCAUCGGUGGUCAGGAGACGGAGUCUGGUCGCAAGGCCGUGGCGGCGCUGAAGGCGGUGUACGCCAACUGGGUGCCGGAGGAGAACAUCCUCACCACCAACCUCUGGUCCGCCGAGCUGUCGAAACUCGCAGCCAACGCGUUCCUCGCGCAAAGAAUCUCCUCCAUCAACGCCAUCUCUGCCCUGUGCGAGUCAACUGGCGCGAACGUGUCCGAAGUGGCGUUCGCAAUCGGCAAGGACACUCGCAUCGGCAAGCGCUUCCUGCAGUCCAGCGUUGGCUUCGGAGGCUCCUGCUUCCAGAAGGAUAUUCUGAACCUGGUGUACAUCUGCGAGUGUAACGGCCUGACUGAGUGCGCCAAGUACUGGCAGCAGGUCAUUGACAUCAACGACUACCAGAAGAACCGCUUCGUCAAGAGGAUCGUAUCGUCCAUGUUCAACACGGUGUCGGGCAAGAAGAUCGCCAUCUUCGGAUUCGCGUUCAAGAAGGACACUGGCGACACCCGUGAGACGCCUGCCAUUGACGUCUGCCACGGGCUGCUCAACGACCGUGCCUACCUGCACAUCUACGACCCCGAAGUCACUGAGGAGCAGAUUCGACGGGACCUGGGCACGGGCAAGUUCGAGUGGGACCACCCGCUGCCCAUGCAGUCCCCCACCUCGAUGGACGCUUCAUCGCGCGUCACCGUGGACGCGUCGCCCUACGAAGCGGCCAAGGAUGCGUCGUGCAUCGCAGUGAUCACGGAGUGGGAGGAGUUUAGGACGCUGGACUACCAGAAGCUGUACGACGGCAUGCAGAAGCCCGCGUUCAUCUUCGACGGGAGGAACAUUCUGGACGUGGAGGCGUUGAGGAAGAUUGGGUUUAUUGUCUACUCGAUUGGGAAGCCGCUCGACCCCUGGGUGAAGGACCUUGCGAUUUCCAUUUAAAUAUAAACCAUUACAGUAUAGACAAACGUUUGUAGAGGUUAUGACGAUUUUCUACGGUUCUGUACUUGCUGGGUGGAGGAGCUAAUGCUGUGAAAUGGUGUUGCUAUGGGUUCUUGAGGGUAUCUAUACACAGAAUGUGUCAAUAGAUUGCACAACUGAUAGUACUGUCCAUUUUCUGACAUCUUGUGAUCAGAGGGACGAACAUAGCCAAGUGCUUAAUUUUUCCUGCC